UGUGUGCCGCCUCCCUGAAACUCACAGACUCUCAACACACAAAACACAAGUUUGGAUUAGAUUUACUGUCUGCGACUCUUAAAGGACGAAUAUGGAUAUAUUAUUUAUAUUUCAAUCAGUCAGACCGAUCUGAAGUUUUCAAAUCUAUCGAGAAGACAAGAAAAACCAAGCGGAUUUUCAGCGGCAUGCAGUGGAAAUAAGCAGCCGGUAGUGGUCGGAGCGUUGAGGCGGCAUCGUUUUGAAAUCCAUCCCGCGAUCUGAGGCCUAAACACCGGCAGCUUAUACAUGUUUGUGUUGAUCCGUUGAAAUGAGGAGAGAAGAUAAUGAACCGAGUCAGGACGGUUUUGCUGCAAAUCAUUUGAAACAGGCCCUCCUCCAGACCUGAAUCCCAGCAUGACGGAGGUCCAGGCCACGGUGGAGUUCUCUGUGGAGCUCCACAAGUUCUACAAUGUGGAUCUCUUCCAAAGAGGGUUUUAUCAGAUCCGAGCCAGUAUGAAAGUGCCGCCACGGGUCCCACAGAGGGUGGAAGCCAGUCUGCUGCAUCCCGCAGGUUCGGAUUUGGCUUUCCCAGCGACAGUUCAAGAUGAUGUGAUCUGCAGCAAAACCUUUCAGAUCCUUUACAAAAACGAGGAGAUUGUGGUCAACGAUGCCCUCGUAUUCAAAGUGAUGAUGCUGCUAGACGCAAAUAAGGUGAAAGAGUCCUUAAAUGAAAUGGACUUUCAGCUGUCUUUGGACCUGUUCUUCACUGAUGGCGACUUUUCGCCUGAGGACUCCAGUUCUCUCCAGAGCAUUAGCAGUCGGACACUGCGUUUGCACUUUAGCCUCCACAGAGGCAUCCACCAGCACGUCAACGUCAUGUUUGACUACUUCCAUCUGUCUGUCAUCUCUGCCACUAUCCAUGCCUCGCUGGUGGCACUGCAUCAACCUCUAAUCAGUUUUCCACGGUCUGUGAAAAGCACCUGGCUGAACCGUAAUGCUCCGACACAGACUAAAGACUCUCUCAUCCCCACACUGGAGUCUGUGGUGUACGGCAGCAGCUACGUCAAACAGCUGUCCCCAGAUGGAAAAACCUUCCUGGUAUCGGAUCAGUGCCUACAGCACGCCAUCAGCCUGCACCAGACCAUGUGUGCCAGCCUCCUUCGAGCAUAUCAGGGCCUGUUCUGCUACUUAACCACCAUAACCAAGAACCUGCCCUCCUGUCAGCUUAUGGAGCUAGCCAAGCCCAGCAUGCAGGUCCUUUAUGAACGAGUUCUCAGAAGACCUUACCCUCCAGGCCAGAGGCACGUCUACAUAGAAGAACUUGAUGUGGAGGCACGACUUAAUGAGCUUUGUGAACAAGUCAAGCAGCAGAGGGAAGAGAGCCCAGAUGAGCUAGCUGAACUGGUGAACAUGAACUUUGCACAGCUGUGCUCUCUCCUCAUGGCACUGUGGGGCAAUUUCCUGGAAGUGGUGUCGCUUAAUGACCGUGUCUCUGCACUGCUGGCCCAGGAGCACCACACACUGCGGGUGCGAAGAUUUGCAGAAGCUUUCUUUUGUCUUGAACACCCCAGACAGAGUGCACUGGCCUACCAGGAACAGCAUGCUCACAGUCACCAACAGAUGACCACAGCUAUCAAAAACUCUUCUUAUUUCCUGUCCUUACCACCUCUUCCUGUUGAAUGUGCUGACCUUGAUGGAGAUGUGAACUCCCUUCCAAUCAUCUUUGAGGAUCGAUAUCUAGAGUCCAUUACUGAAGAUUGUGAUGGUCCAUGGCUUGGUCUCCACAAUACUAGGAGUGGCUCUGUCUCCACUAAAGUAGACAAGUCCAGCUCAAAAGACUUCAUUGCAAGUGGGGAAGGAGCCCUCGGUCCAUACCCAAAUAAGCAGCUAGCUGCUCUUGCCACUGCUUGGCCUGAACAAAAUGAGCCUCCCCUCAAAUCCAAAGCCAAAUCCAUUAAACUAAGGAAGAAUUCCAAGACCGAAAAUCCCAAGAAGCUGACCAGGCAGGGCUCUAAAGACUCUGUGGUCCUUACAGGCUUCAAGACCUUGAAAGUUCCUCAAAGUGAGCCGACCACCAUGUCCAAAGAGGUUGACACUCAAUACAAUCAGAAAGAUGAGUUAGCUGAUGCAGUUCUAUCUGCUGACCCCAGUGGUCAAUUGGGAUACAAGUGUGUCCUCCUGAAUGAAACUAUAAGCACCCAUUUUGCUCACAAUGCUAAAGACUGCAACACAAUUUACAGCCAAGACAAUGUCUGUAUGCAGAGCGACAGCUUUUCUAAUCUUUUGAGUUUGCAAGCUCUGGCGGGACCCCAGGCAGGUCCUGGAGUAGAAGCCACACAGAGCGCAGCUGUGCACAGAGUUGAUUCGACACAUCCGCCUUCUGGGCUUAGACAUAUCGAUGUCAAGCCGAGUGACAAGGACCCCUACCAGGGCGACAAGGUCACCAUUCUUUUACCAUACCACACAAAUCCGACCCCCAAGAGGGAUGUUCCAGGGAUCACACAGACCGAUGUCUCUGAGUUCAAGAGUCGAGUUGGGGAUGUUGGAGGUUGUGCGGCCGCUUUUAGGAGUGACUGUGUUCCUCCUGUUUCCUCCCGUCUUUCAGACUCAGGAAUAGAGAGCGAGUCCAGCUCUGUGACACAGCUAGUCCCAGUUUCUCCAUCUCCUUUAUCCCUUACUGUGCUUGAGCCAUCUUCUGAGCAGAUUCAACAAAAUACCCACCAGAGACCCGCUUUACUCAGCCCUGCCUCCAGAGGAACCGCUGCAUUGGAGGCUAUCAAUCCAGAGAGCACCAGUGGUGUCAGCGGCGUACAGUCUUCCCUCACCUCCAUCAACUCGCUCCCCUCGGAUGAUGAGGUAGAGACGGAGAAUGUUAGUAGGAAGUCCAGCAUCCUGGUGCAGGAACAGAGCCUCAUUUUUUCUGGAGAAUUUCAGAGCCUCCCAUUAUCCAGCUCUAGAAUAUUAGCUCAGCAUAGAACCUCAACCUCAACUCCAGACAAGCAGACGGAAUCUGCUGAGAGCGAUCUUCCAGGCGGAGGUGGUCCAUGUAGUGAGCCUCAGACUGCUGCCCAGUCCAGUACAUCAGCCACCAGCAGCACUGAUCUGGUGAAGAAAGGCUUUGUGGAGAACUACUUUGGCUCGCGCUCAAGCACUGAUGUAUCCGAGAUCAGCCCAUUAGAGAAUGCUGCUGUAACGCUGGGAAUCCAGACUUGCUCCAAUGCUAAUGAUGAAGAUGAGGAGGAGGAGCAGGAACAUGAGAUGAUUGAGAACGGUUACUAUGAGGAGACAGAUGGGCCUGUUUAUGUUAAUGGACUUCCAGGGGAAGAAGAGAAGUGUGAGGAUGGGGGAGCAGAGGGGAGGAGCAUCCUUUAUGAAAACUUGGGACUGGAACAGCUUCAGAAAACAUGCGUUACCUCUGUCGGCCUGCAGACACGGCCUGCUGGACUAGCACCUACCAGCAAUGAUGUGUGCUGGUACACGAGUGCCCCCACUGCUCAGAUGAAAGCGUUUGUGCAAGCAAAAGAGGAGUUGAAGCUACUGAAGUUGCCAGGCUUCAUGUACAGUGAGGUGACAGAUUUGGCAUCCACUGUACCUUAUUUCAGUAUGGAUGAGGAUGAAAGCUGUGAUGAGGGCAUACACCUUGUUGUAUGUGUUCACGGCCUGGAUGGUAAUAGUGCAGAUCUGCGGCUGGUGAAGACUUAUCUUGAGCUCGGUUUACCUGGGGCACGCAUAGACUUCCUAAUGUCAGAGCGCAACCAGAAUGACACAUUUGCAGAUUUUGAGUCGAUGACUGACAGACUUUUGGAUGAAAUAGUGCUGUACAUACAAAUCUACAAUCUAACAGUUUCCAAGAUAAGUUUUGUGGGUCACUCUCUGGGAAAUCUGAUUGUGCGCUCAGUGUUGACGAGGCCCAGGUUUAAGUGUUUUCUCAGCAGACUGCACACGUUUCUAUCUCUGUCUGGACCCCAUCUUGGCACGCUGUACAACAGCUCUGCCCUCGUCAAUACUGGGUUGUGGUUUAUGCAGAAGUGGAAAAAAUCUGGCUCUCUCCUGCAGCUGACCUGUCGAGACCACUCGGACCCGCGCCAGACUUUCCUCUAUAAGCUGAGCAAAAAAGCAGGUCUUCAGUUCUUUAAGAAUGUGGUGCUGGUGGGAUCUCUGCAGGAUCGAUAUGUGCCCUAUCACUCUGCUCGAAUUGAGAUGUGCAAAACAGCCUUAAAGGACAAACAGACCGGCCCAGUGUAUGCUGAGAUGAUUGAGAAUCUUCUACUCCCUGUGCUCCAGAACAAAGACUGUAACUUGGUGCGUUAUGAUGUCAUCCAUGCGCUGCCCAACACCGCCAACUCUCUGAUUGGUCGGGCAGCCCACAUCGCCGUCCUGGACUCUGAGAUUUUCCUGGAAAAGUUCUUCCUGGUGGCAGGACUCAAGUUUUUUCAGUAGCCUGUUAGAUCAGAAGAAUCUGGAGCGAAUACCUCACAGCAAAUUGAUUUUUGCCAAGGGUUUUUCUGAUUUAUUUUUUAAAUAUGCUCUUGGAGGUAAAGAAAAAUAUAUCAGUAUUAUUUUUGGUAAUGUCUUUGUUUCUAUUUAGUCUGUUGUAAAUUGGGAAUUUAUCAUUAGUAUUUUUCUACUACCAUUUUUUUUUUAAGGUAAAUUUUAAUGUUUUAUUCAUUAUUAAGAAUGUCAAGCCUCCUUGUGGUAUUUUUUUCAGUGUUAUUUAUGUAUGAUUUUUUUUUUUUUACCAUUUUUGUUUAACAAAUUCUAGUAAACUCUCUUAUGCUAAACUGGAAAUGUAGCUGCUAAAAAAAUAAAAAAAAGAAUGAAAUAUUUAUUGGGGGGUAAAGAUGCAGGUCUUCAUGGUGAAAGCACCUUCACUUGAACAUUCUGGCAUCUACAUUUGGCUUGCAUACAUUUUCUAUCAAGAAAUUGCCAUUUGACUACACAUUUUUUUACUACAAUCCUUUUUUAAUGCAAUGUCAAAGGCUUCCUGAACAUGGACAAACAUGUGAUUGUAGCUGAAAUGAAGCAGCCUUGGACCGUUUGUUGGUUUUAUAUGGUGCCCAUUGCAUUUUCAUGCACAAUCUUUACCCAGCCUGGUGUUGGGCAGAGAACACAGCUUGGCAUGUUAGCAUUAUAAUUUUAUUAAAGGGGAUACAGGUAACUAAUUAACUGGAGAUGGGUGUGGGCUAGACAGUUAGUCAGUUUAUACAGCACAAAAAAAUCAGAUCACAUGGUUUUGGGAGAGUAUUUAUGUUUGGUUUCCUAUUGAGGAGUUCAGUAACAGCUGUGUGCGAAAACAAUUUAAAUAAAACAUUGAAUUUACCUUGUUUUUGUUAAAAUGGUUUUGUAUCAUGGACUUCACAUUGAAUUAAAUGUAUUUGCAAUAAACAUUUGUGUCAUGUGUUU